AUGGAGGAUAAAUCUGACUUGAUGCCAAAAUGUAGAGAUACUCUUGCUCGACAUAUCACAACACAUGGUGCUAGGGCUGAGGGGUUGUUUGUACGUGCCAGAUCGGCCAGCGCCUGCUUACCCUGUGCCCGGGCCAAGCUGAAAUGCAACGGUGGUGACCCAUGUGGCCGGUGCCAGAGCAAGGGUCGCAACUGUGUUUAUCGAAGCUUCGGUCAGAUACGCAGUCCUUCCUCCGCAAUCCCAGACGAGACCACCCCUAUUAGGGACCAUAGUAUCACCGGCAGCGAUACUGCAGAGCUGGGCAACGCGCCGCCUAAUGUUCGAUUGAACCCAGUUCCUAUGCCGAGCGGCCAAGAAGAUAUGAUCGACGUCUUAGCUGUUGGCAAUAGAACUCCCAGGAUAUCUGAUACAGAUUUCAGCUUCCCGUGGAUGCUUGACUAUACCAACAUCUUCCAGGAUGAUCCGCCGGGUGACCAAUAUAAUCGCGAUAUUAUGAACUUUUCUGACCCACAAGAGCAUCAACCCCCUCGUGUCCAGAACCCAAGCCGACCGUCGACUGCGGAUGCAACAGAUGAAGAUACGAUCAUAGCUGAGAACUUUUGUCAUGUCAGAGUACCCAUGGACAGGCCUUACCGGGCCAUUCUUGAGUUCUCAAGCAGACAGCUGGACGUAGGUUUCAAGGAGGUCCCAUUUCCCAGUCAAUCAGCAUUCGAGUCCUUCAUACAGUUAUAUUACGAGUACUUCGACUGUAAACUGAGCUUCAUUCAUCGAUCCAUACUAGAACAUCGGGACACCCCGUGGCUUCUCGUCCUGGCUGUUGCAUCUGUCGGAAGCCAGGGUUAUGAUACCAGAGUCUUGGCCCAGUGCUCGUUGCUUGCCAUGGUCAAUCUUAUGUUCACUGGGUUUAAAGACAAUGUGAUCAACUUACAAGUUCAACGAGCCUGGCUUGCAGCUUUGGUACGACCUUUCCUUACCUCAUCCAAACGUCAAAGUUCUUUACUAUGCCAAGAAGUCAACUAUGAUAUCCCCAGCGACCGAUGGAGUAUGUGGAUUCGUUCUGAGACGGAAAGGAGACUGGCAUACUUGGUCGACAGCUUUUGCUUCAUUUUUCUUGGGAUGCCAAUGACCUUCACGGCAACGGAUUACCAGCAGAUACUUCCUUCUUCGGAGGCAUUGUGGAGAGCGCGUAACGCUGAUGAAUGGAGAGCCCUUUUAACUCUACAUGUGCCAGAAGCACACAGUCUCAAGGAGCUCUUCGUGGGCCCGGUUUCAACGUUGAAGGCAUCGCAGACAUCGGACCUUUCCAAUCUCUGCCAACACCUUAUGCUGUUCACAGAAGAGCAACGGGUUCAAGCAGCAAGUCGGUCGUGGAUUCUACAUGAUUUAGGCAGCGGAGACCUACAUCACCAAUCAUGUCCGCAAAAAUCAUCCUUCGGCUGCCUGGACUGGAGAUAUCAGAUGCUUGUGCCGCCUAGUUCAGCAGCCCCCUCUUUGAUCGCAAAUGUCUCCGACAUGAGGAAGACAUUUUUCCAUUUACUUUUUAUAUUAAGAUACCUACCUCUGGAAAAACUAUAUACAUAUUCUGGAUGGUAUGCCUCUGAAGACGAUAUUACCAGCGCACGAUCUUACCUUCGCACCUGGCUACAAAACAACCCUGAGCUCUCUAGGGAAUGUGUCUCGCAUGCCGGGGCCCUAAUUGGCAAGAUCCGAUCAUCUCCCACCUUGUCUUGUUACGAUCCUUUCAGUCUCUUGAUAUCUGUUAUGUUUUUAUGGGCCUUUGAAAGACUGAAGCCUGACUCGCCAGUGGCACCGGAAGAAUCGCUACAGGAUCGUGAACCCGCAGUUAUUUUCAGGAUCGAUCAAUGUGACGAGGAGACCAUAAGAGAACGAUGGCUCCGGGGUGACCCGGGGGUGUUGGUACAUAUCACUGGUGUUGGUUUGCUGUCAAGCGCAGGAGGAACAAGGCGCCUCCUACAGGAGUUCUUACGCAUCAUCAAGUCCCGGACAGGUUGGCCUACCCUAUGCAGGGGGCUGGCUGUUUGCGUGAGGGAGCUCAUGGACGGAGUGGCCCCAAUAACGACGUCUCCGCACUCCGAUCACGGAACGUAA